CUUCAGCUGUGACUUAUACAUUUCUAGCACAGAUUCAAGCUAUAUUAGUUGCUGAUUCAACUAUAUUGUUCGGCUGAUUCAGAAUCCUGGUGAGCUGGGCCAGCACAACUACAUGAUGGCCCAACGGGCUUAGAACAUUGAUCGGCACAUAUAAUACGUUAAUGGGAAACAUUGAAUUGAAUAAUCAGCAAAUAAAUUGAUGCCCUGUCAAAGAAAACACUGCAGAAAAUGCAUUUCAGUACUGAGCCUGUGGCUCUAGACUCUUUAAGUACUAGGCAGAAUACUCAUUCUCAACAGAUUGUUGGAUCCCUGGAGAUUGGAGACUCCUACCGCAUAGAACCAGAUAAUAGCAAUUUUGAUAGCCGGAGGCGAAAGGUUUCUUUAGAGUGGAUCUUUGCAAUCUCCAAUUUCAUUCUGGAGCUUCCCUCAGUAGUACUCGAUCAACUUUCAUCAGCGCAUAAGCCUCAAUACACACUAUUUGCUAUGCUAAUAUCAUUUUCAGCCUUGUUUAUAUGCAUUACUGAGCUCAUUUAUAAAGGUCGAAAGGAAAAAAUUAUCUGCAGAUGGAGGGGUUGUCUCCCUUGGUUUUAUAAUGCAUCACAAAAUUACAAGCCUUUUGGUACCUUCAAGGAUACCGCGGGGUCUAUUUGUGCAAUCUGUCACUGUGUUUUCACAACUGUUAAUUAUGCACAAGCUGAUACUAUCAAAAUAUCAGUUUGGCCUGUUAUCUUUGCUUUUGGUCUAUUAUGGUCUAAAAUGUUGGAGAAUCCCGAGAGAAGAACUGCAGUGUAAAGAUGUUAUCCAAUUUCCUGAGGAGUGGAAAGUCCAAGAUGAGAAUCCUCCGGAAAAGCUAAACUAUUUACAGCAACUUUUUGAUGUUCAUAAAAAUUCCAGUG